AUGAACUGCCGUAAAAGGGGUGAAAGCGUAACCUUAAUGGAGAGCCUACGGACUGCAGCUUCAUACGACCAAGUCGUAAAGAAGCGCGCUGGAGAUAUGAAAAGCAAAGAAACGCCAUUUCGUUUCUUCAGUAACUACGUGAAAAAGUGCCUUAUUCAGUGUGCACUGGACCAUAUUAAGGUAACAACGGGAAGGCGCGAUGCUAUCGUGCUUGACUUGGCCAGCGGAAGGGGCGGUGAUCUGGGAAAAUGGCUGCAUUGCCAAAGUCCUGAGCUCAGUUUUGCGACGGCAAAGUUGCCGCGUGAGCGUCUAACAAAAGCCGCGUAUGUGGAGUGUUACGAUGUGUCGCCAGAAUGUAUUGCCGAGGCGGAAAGCCGAUACAAAAAAAUUGCUCCGGACACCGUGUGUCGUUGCUCAUUUACUGUUAAGGAUUGCUUUAGUGAGGAUUUUCUCCUUCGCGAAUUACCCCUUACUCAGCAUUUUGGAAAAUUUGACAUUGUUUCCAUCCAGUUCGCGUUUCACUAUGCUUGUGAUACGCUCGAACGUAUUGACAUGUUAUUGGGAGCAAUUGCCAGAGCUUUGGCCCCUGAAGGUGUAUUCAUUGCAACAACUGUCGAUGAAGAAGUUCUGGCGAAGCGUGUUGCGGCGAACCGGAUGGAGAGCAAAGGCUUGUUUUCUAUCCACUUCGAUUCUGAGCCUCAGUUUGAAUACGACAGACUAGUGGUCGGAACGAGAUAUCGUUUCAAUCUCGAUGGGUUUGUAGACUGUGAUGAGUAUGUUGUCCCACUCGACUAUGUCCGCGAUUGUGCGAAACAGCACGGUCUGGAGGAGAUGGUGAAGUUCUCCAAACACUUUGGCUCAUUCUAUGAGACUUAUAAGGACGACCCCUCCAAAAAUAAGGAGCGCUAUUUGGUCGGAGGUGAAAUGGAACUGGCCACACUGUACCGCUCGUUGUGCUUCCGGAAAGCCAGCUGA